CUGCCACAUUGAAAAGGGAAGUUGGGGCCAGGUGGGGCAGUCACGGCGGCAAGUCAUCAUACCCAAUUGCCUGAUCUUAUCGUUGUGCAAUUCCAAACCUUAGUCACCUCUUGUCCUCGUGUUCUUUGUCCCGCGCAGACUUUAUCGUGCAAUGCAGCUUAACUUCUGUGACUUUUCAAUUGCUGUGUUGGCGCUGUGAUCUUCCAAACGAUACAGCUUUUUGAAAGUCAGAGACUUGUCAUCCAGGGAUCCACCAUGUGGCCAUUCAUUGUGGCCUUUUGCUGCAUUGCGCUUAGCUCAGUUGUUGUGGUAUCGCGCCGGCGGCUUGCUCUUGAUCACCACGAUGACAGGAGGCGUGCCAUGCUGCCCUUCAAGAAGGAUGCAGAGUAUUAUCUGCGGAAGGGCGUGAGAGUUACAGAGAAAUUCUUCUUCAACUCGCGUGGCAUUGAACAAUUUACCAAAGAGUGGGUCCCGGCAAAUGGAGAAGCGUCCGCCGUUGUGUGCUACUGCCAUGGAUAUGGCGAUCAGUGCAACUAUUUCUUUGACGCGACGGCAGUGGAGCUGGCUCAGGCAGGCUACGCAGUGGUGGGAGUGGACUAUGAGGGACACGGGCAAUCACAGGGCCUCCACUGCUAUAUCCCUAAAUUCUCUGUCAUUGUCGAGGACACCAGGGAGUACUUCCAGAGUGUCAGGGCACGGCCAGAGUUUGCAGGCAAGCCAGGCUUCUUGUAUGGAGAAAGCAUGGGUGGUGCGGUUGCCAUCAACGUUAGCCGCGCUGAACAGGGCAAGUGGGAUGGCAUGAUUCUGGUGGCGCCCAUGUGCAAGAUUGCGGACAAGAUCAGGCCCCCCUGGAUCAUUCAGGAACUUUUGAGGCGAACAGCAUUCCUUGUCCCAACACUUCCCAUUGUCCCCGCUGAAGACAUUGCUGAGAACGCGUUCAAACUUCCUGAGAAGAGAGCAGAGGGGAAAGCAAAUCCGACAGCGUUCCUGCACAAGCCGCGGCUGGGCACGGCGGUGCAGCUGCUUUUAGUUUCGGAAGACAUUGAGAAGCAUCUAGACGAGGUCACGACCCCCUUCUUGCUUAUGCACGGUGCUGCGGACCUUGUCACGGAUCCCGAGGUGAGCAAGGCGCUCUAUGAGAGGUCCAGCAGUAAGGACAAGACAUUCAAGCUGUACGAGGGGAUGUGGCACGCAUUGACGGAAGGGGAGCCUUCAGAGAACGUCGCGAUUGUCAUGCGCGAUAUCAUCACGUGGCUCAGCGAAAGAAGCGGGAAGAAGGCUGCAAACCUAUCUACAACAGGGAGUGAGGUCAGUGACACCGAGUCCGCUGUCAUUGACAGCAUCUAAAGCCCAAAGUUGCAAUGGUUGCUAACUACAGUAGGAGAAGUUUCAAUCGGAGCAUUGUCUUCAAGCAAUUGGUAGGGGCAGUUUCAGUUCGCACGGCUAUCCACAGUAGCUUUUAGGUCACCUUGGAGAGCCAGGAGUAUGGUAUUUCUUGACCCUUCUUAUUGUACAGCUUGAGAGACACAAGUCGCAAGUAACUUCGAUCUUGAUUGAAACUCGAUUGAAGGUUUUUGGAUGUUGGUUAGCAGCCUGCAUAGAUGCCCGUAAGUGAUGCAGGUGUAGAAACUCUUUUGGUCACAAGGUCAGUUCUGUAGCUAGGCUAGGAUAGGAAAGCCGCAACCAGGAGGUUAGUUUGGAUGUCGCUGACACAUUCAAGUGACGAUACACAACGAUAACGGUCAACAUUCUGAGAUGGUGAUGACUAAUGGAAGUGACAAUCUUGAGGCAACUGAUCGUGACGUCCUUGCUUUGGGAAGCAUACCCGAAACUUCUUUGUUUGUUAUCAAUGGUGUAAUCUGUGCACUUUGUGGGCCGUCCG